UUGUGUUGUGCAAAGAGUGCAAAGUUUUAGCAAGGUGCUUAAAAAUGGUGGAUAAAGGAAGUGUUUUACCUAAAUUAUUGUUAUUUGUUUGUUUUUACUGAUAAUUUAGCUCCAUCGGCGUUUUUUCCGAUUUAAACCACCCUUAUGUGCACCGCAUUUACAACAAAACUUGUUUGUUUUUUUUUCUUUGAACGUUCUCUGAAACGUCACCACGGACUAGCAGUUCCCAAUCCCCAAUAUUAUUUUUACAAUUUGAUUAUAUAGCAUUUGUGAUAAGAUUUAAACCCUCUCAUCUUUUAUAUCGAACAUUUCAGGUAUUUCUGUUUGAAAAAUACCAUAUUUUAGAACAUGUGUUAGAAAUUUACAGAAAAGACAUUCUUUGUAUAAGCCUUAACUAAAUUUAAAAGUGUGCCAACUUUUACAGCUCAAGAAAAUGGAUCCACUAUCAAGUCAAACUGGAGCAACUAAUGGAGGAGUGGGAUAUCAUCAAAUUUGUAUUACAGUGGAAUCCGCUCAUUUAAGGACCUCGUCCUUUAUAAAACCGAGUCCAUAUGUAGAACUAACAGUAGAUGAACAAGCUCCUAGAAAAACUGAAACAAUAAAAACAACUAUACAACCAGUUUGGAAUGAAACUUUUCCUCUGUUGGUGACUCUUCAGUCAAAAAUCCAUUUUGCUGUUUUGGAUAGGAACAAUUUCCGAAAAGACACUGUUGUUGGUGAAAAGACGGUGAAUCUUUAUCAAUUGUUGGUUCAUUCUGAGGGCAGGGAAAGCCUAGAUGUCACAUUGGACUUAAUGAACAACAAGCAAACAGAUUCUCCGGUAAAAGUGGGGGAAUUAAUGUGUGUGUUUAAAGGGAUGCAUAUAGAUGUAUCUACUAGCAACAGCAGAAGAAGAGAGGUUCUAGCAAGGCGUUCUAGUUAUAACUCUAUGAACCAAACGCAGAGCGCAUACUCCGACAACUCCUCUUCUCAAGGGCUUAAUGGUAUAAGAAUAAAGCCCAAGCCACAACAAGGCAGUGAAAAUACAGAACCCACUACUUCAAAUGUUCCACGAGCCGGCAGACCGGAGAGGCCUGCCCCUACUCCUCCAACAGUUCCUCCUGUACCAGUUGGACAGGCACCUAACAUGCCAAUUAUAGAACCUAUGCCUACAUCUGUUAGUAAUAAUAAUAUAUCAAAUGGUAAUAUUGGUCCUCCUGCCUCUUUACCGAACGGUUCUGUUAUGCAACAAGAUGACCAACGACAAGAUGAACCACUACCACCUGGUUGGGAAAUGAGGCUAGACACAUAUGGCAGAAGAUACUAUGUGGAUCAUAACACAAGGUCUACAUCAUGGGAGAGGCCACAGCCUUUACCUCAAGGUUGGGAGAUGAGAAGAGAUCCAAGAGGAAGAGUUUACUAUGUGGAUCACAAUACCAGAACGACCACUUGGCAACGACCCAACUUAGAAAGAUUGCAGCAUUUCCAACAGUGGCAGGGACAGAGGCAAAAUGUCGUACAACAAGGUAACCAAAGGUUUUUAUAUCCACAAUUUCAAGCUGCUCCCACUCCUGGGCCAUCAUCCACGGCACCAGAUGAGGAUGAUGACGGUUUAGGUCCUUUACCUUCAGGUUGGGAAAGGAGGGUACAGCCAGAGGGGCGCGUGUAUUUCGUAAAUCAUAAGAAUCGAACAACCCAGUGGGAAGAUCCUCGUACCCAAGGACAAGAAAUUGGUGAUAUUGAUGAGUUGCCUUUACCACCUGGAUGGGAAAUUAGAUAUACUGAAGAUAAUAAGAGAUAUUUUGUCGAUCACAAUACAAAAACAACCACGUUCGACGAUCCAAGGCCUGGUGCACCUAAAGGACCCAAGGGUGCGUACGGCGUGCCGAGGGCAUACGAACGUUCAUUUAAGUGGAAAAUUAGUCAAUUUAGGUUCCUAUGCCAAAGCAAUGCCUUGCCAAGUCACAUAAAAAUCCAGGUAUCCAGACAGACGCUCUUCGAGGAUUCCUUCCAUACGAUAAUGCGACUGCCUGCUUACGAAUUACGCAGAAGGCUUUACAUAAUGUUUAAAGGUGAAGAAGGGCUGGAUUACGGUGGUGUGAGUCGUGAAUGGUUCUUCUUAGUGUCACACGAGGCUCUAAAUCCGAUGUAUUGCUUGUUCGAGUACGCUAACAAGAAUAACUACAGCUUACAGAUAAAUCCUGCUUCGUAUGUGAAUCCCGAGCAUUUAACUUAUUUUAAGUUUAUCGGGAGAUUUAUAGCCAUGGCUCUUUACCACGGCAGGUUCAUCUACUCCGGAUUCACCAUGCCAUUUUAUAAAAGAAUGCUGGGGAAGAAACUAGUAAUGAAGGAUAUUGAGAGCAUUGAUCCGGAGUUUUAUAACUCGUUGGUUUGGAUAAAGGAGAACAAUAUUGAUGAGUGUGGGCUGGAACUUUUUUUCAGUGUCGAUUUCGAGGUAUUAGGCCAAGUGGUCCAUCACGAACUAAAGAAAAGCGGUGACGGUGAACGAGUUACUGAAGAAAACAAAGAGGAAUAUCUCACCUUAAUGACCAAUUGGAGAAUGACCAGAGGUAUCGAACAACAAACUCAAGCUUUCCUUGACGGAUUUAAUGAGGUGGUGCCGAUCGAAUGGUUGAAAUACUUCGACGAGAGAGAGCUCGAACUACUACUGUGCGGUAUGCAGGAGAUCGAUGUUGACGACUGGCAAAGACAUACAAUUUACAGGCAUUAUACGAGGAACAGCAAGCCGGUGGUGUGGUUCUGGCAAUUUGUGAAACAAUCGGACAACGAAAAACGUACCAGAUUACUGCAAUUUGUAACGGGCACUUGUCGCGUGCCUGUAGGAGGUUUCGCCGAACUAAUGGGUUCGAACGGACCACAACGAUUCUGUAUCGAAAAGGUGGGUAAGGAUUCCUGGUUGCCUCGGUCGCAUACCUGUUUUAACCGGCUGGAUUUGCCCCCGUACAAGAGCUACGAUCAGCUCGUCGAAAAACUGACGUACGCCAUCGAAGAAACCGACACGUUCGGACAGGAGUAAGUUAAAAGAAAACGGAGCAAAUCUGCUCUUUUCUAUAAAAUAUAUGGCGCGGCGACUUUAGUAUGUUUUUAUACAUUUAUGUACCUGAUUUUAAAUAAAGUGUAAACACCUGAA